AUGGUCAAAGAUACUAAGCUAUACGAUAUUUUGGGUGUGUCCCCUGACGCCACCGACGCCCAGCUGAAAAAAGCUUAUCGUUUGGGAGCCUUGAAGCACCACCCAGACAAAAAUCCUUCCCCAGAGGCAGCCGAGAAGUUCAAGGAGAUUUCUGCCGCCUAUGAGAUUCUCAGUGAUCCGGAAAAAAGAGAUUUGUACGAUCAGUAUGGAGAAGAAGGCCUCAGCGGCGGAGGAGCAGGAGGCAUGAACGGAGCAGACAUUUUCUCGCAGUUCUUUGGCGGGUUUGGCGGGUUCGGCCAGCGUGGUCCUACCGGCCCUCAGAGAGGAAAGGACAUCAGACACACCAUUUCUUGCACUUUGGAAGAACUGUACAAGGGUAAGACUACAAAGCUGGCUUUGAACAAGACCGUGCUAUGUUCCAGCUGUAAGGGUAAAGGAGGUAAGGACGUGAAAAAGUGUUCCUCGUGUGACGGUACUGGUAUGAAGUUCGUUACCAGACAAAUGGGACCUAUGAUCCAGAGAUUCCAAACCACCUGUGACGUCUGUCAGGGUGAGGGAGACAUUAUUUCGCCAAAGGACAGAUGUCAGACCUGUAAAGGUAAGAAGGUCAGUAACGAGAGAAAGAUCUUGGAGGUUCAUAUCGACCCUGGUAUGCAAGCUGGCCAAAGAGUGGUGUUCUCUGGCGAGGGAGACCAACUUCCAGACAUCAUUCCUGGUGACGUUAUUUUCGUGAUCGACGAAAAGAAACAUGAUACCUUCAGAAGACAGGGCCACGACCUGUUCUACGACGCCAAGAUCGAUCUUCUGACCGCUUUGGCAGGAGGCGCCUUCGCCAUCAAGCAUUUGAGCGGAGAGUACCUCAAGGUCGACAUCAUUCCUGGCGAAGUGAUCUCGCCAGGCUCGGUGAAGGUCAUCGAGGAGAAGGGUAUGCCUAUUCCAAGACACGGGGGCUACGGAAACCUGUUUGUGAACUUUGAGGUCAUCUUCCCACCUAAGGGCUUUGCUACCGAGGAGCAGCUCGAAGCACUGGCCAAGAUUCUGCCACCAAGACCAGCUCUCAACAUUCCAAAGAAUGCCGUUGUCGACGACUCGUGUGUCCUGACUGACGUGGAUCCUAUCAAGCACGGCCAGCGUAAGAACAGAAGCUACGACGACGAUAACGACGAGGACGAGGAUGGCCAGCCUGGAGUCCAGUGUGCACAACAGUGA